UCCGUAAACAAACUUCAAAAUUUUUGGUAUCUGCUAUCAUUUAUUAAUACAGUAAUUGAAGCCAAAUAUUAUUAAUUUUAAAAAUAAAAAUUUUUAAACAAAUAUUAUAAUUCUCUUUCGAAAUGGGAGUACCAGCAUUUUUCCGUUGGUUAAGCAGAAAAUACCCCAGCGUUAUUGUUGAUUGUGUAGAAGUAAAGACUGUUGAUGAUAAUGGAAAGAAUGUAUACGAUGAUAUGACAAAACCCAAUCCAAAUGGAGUUGAGUUCGAUAAUUUGUACCUUGACAUGAAUGGCAUUAUACAUCCGUGUACACAUCCAGAAGACAAACCGCCGCCUAAAAAUGAGGACGAAAUGAUGGUUGCAAUUUUCGAAUGCAUAGAUCGUUUAAUGAAUAUUGUUCGUCCGAGGAAAAUAUUGUACAUGGCUAUCGACGGAGUAGCUCCCAGAGCCAAAAUGAACCAACAAAGAUCGAGGAGAUUUCGUGCAGCAAAAGAAUCUAUAGAAAGGCGGAAUGAAAUAGCCAGAAUUCGAAGCGAACUUUUAGCCAAAGGAUGUCGUUUGCCACCCGAAAAACCAAAAGAGGAACACUUUGAUUCAAAUUGUAUUACACCCGGCACUCCUUUCAUGGAAAGGUUAAGCAGAUGUCUACAUUAUUAUAUCCACGAUCGGAUGAAUACUAAUCCAGCUUGGAAAAGUAUUAAGGUAAUUUUAUCAGAUGCAAAUGUACCGGGUGAAGGUGAACAUAAAAUUAUGGACUUUAUUCGAAAACAAAGAUCUCAGCCAGAUCAUGAUCCGAAUACGCAACAUGUUUUAUGUGGUGCUGAUGCAGAUUUGAUUAUGUUGGGCUUGGCUACACAUGAACCCAAUUUUACUAUAAUAAGGGAAGAGUUUUUACCAAACAAACCUAAACCUUGUGACAUUUGUGGUCAAUAUGGCCAUGAAGUAGAAAAAUGCCAGGGUCUAGAUGCUGAUAUAAAAAUAGAUGAUGCACCUAUUGUGGGUGAAGUUAGAUUUAUUUUCGUUCGGCUUUUUGUGCUUCGUGAAUACCUCAAAACAACUUUGGAAAUGCCUAAUUUACCAUUUCCUUAUGAUUUUGAUCGAGCUGUAGAUGAUUGGGUUUUUAUGUGCUUUUUUGUUGGAAAUGAUUUUCUGCCGCAUUUACCUAGCUUAGAAAUUCGAGAAGGAGCGAUUGACCGUUUAGUUGAGCUGUAUAAAAAAUGUGUAUACAAAACAGGAGGAUUUUUAACUGAUUCUGGAGAAGUAAAUCUUAACCGGGUUCAAUUAAUUAUGGAUGACCUGGGUUCAGUAGAGGAUACAAUUUUCAGGGAAAGGCAAAGAAGGGAAGAAAAUUUUAAAGCCAGAGAAAAAGCAAAAAAACGUCGUAUGGAAUCGCAAGUUCCAAAUUUUGCGAACAUGCACAACUCGCAAUUUGCCCCAACUCCAUUAGGAAAAGGAAUAACUCCUGCCCCAAUUCAAAACGCAAGACAGGAAGCUGCUAAUUUCAGAAGAAUGGACAUGGUUGAAACUUCUCAAUACAACAAGCCGAUUGAAAAAGACGGAAAAGCUGCAUUAGAGGCUUUAUUAAGACCUUCGAAGUCGUUAAAAAGAAAAUCUGACGAAAUUGACGAGAAGCAACAACCGGAGACUGUAGAGGAGGAAGAGGAGGAAGAUUAUCAAGAAAAUGAUGAAGUUCGUUUGUGGGAAGAGGGUUUUAAGGACAGAUAUUAUGAAUCUAAAUUUGAUGUUGGCCCGGAUAACAUUAAUUUUCGAUAUUCUGUAGCACUGCAGUAUGUACGUGGACUUUGUUGGGUGUUAAAAUAUUAUUAUCAAGGAUGUGCGUCGUGGAAAUGGUAUUUUCCGUACCAUUAUGCUCCUUUUGCAUCUGAUUUUGUAAAUGUAAGAGGUUUAUCUACUAAGUUCGAGAAAAAUACAAAGCCGUUUAAUCCUUUGGAACAACUUAUGGGCGUGUUUCCAGCAGCAAGUAGUUCACAUGUUCCACAGCCUUGGGCUAAUUUGAUGUCUGACCCAAAAUCUCCAAUAAUCGAUUUUUAUCCAGAAGAUUUUAAAAUUGAUUUGAAUGGUAAAAAGUUUGCUUGGCAAGGUGUAGCUUUAUUACCAUUUGUAGAUGAAAAGCGUUUAUUUAAGGCUUUGAAACCAUUUUAUUCGAUGCUCACAGAGCAAGAGGUGAAGAGAAAUAAGUGUGGUGACAGUCGUUUGUAUAUAACGGCAGGAAAUCCGGGUUUUUCUGUAAUAAAAUCGCAUUAUAAAAACAAAAUUUUUCAAACAGUUGAAGUUCCAGUAUCAAUUCAAGGCAUGCAGGGCAGAAUUUUAUGGUCUGAUGAUAAUGUAGCCUUAAAAGGAAUUUGUACAUCGCCUAUUAAAGGAUUAACAGAUAUUAAAGGGAAUAAUGUAUUAACUGUUAAAUACAGAGAUCCUAAAUAUGAUGAUGAUUUUAUUUUUCCUGCCAGAAGAUUACCAAACGCAAUUGAUCCACCAGCUGUGUUAAAACCUGAAGGAGCAAAUCCAAAUUACAGACCAACUAUUGGAUUUAGACAAAAUUCGCAAUCGGCAUCAUUAGAUGUUGCUGGACACAGAAUGCUUAAUCACUAUGUUGGGCAACAACAAUUUAAUCAAAAUAGUUAUCAAAAUUUCAAUCAGAAUUUUAAUCAAAAUCGGAACUCAAAUUAUGCAUCAAUUCCACCACCCACACGAAUGAAUAGCAAUUAUCGAUCAAAUAAUUAUGGUUACCAACAGGGUGGAAGAAACAACUAUAAUCCAGCAACUAAUAAUUAUGGUAAUAAUUAUGGUAACAAUAACAGAAAUAAUAGUAAUAAUUCAAAUACUGCAAAUACUGGUUAUGGUAAUAACCAUAAUAACAAUAAUAAUAAUAAUAAUGCUGGCAGUAGUGGUAUGUGGGUACAAGGUGGUGCAAAUAAAUCUGGUAACAACAACAACAAUAAUAAUAGAUCACAACAGCCAUCAACAUAUGGUGAAUAUAGAAGACAAAAUCCAAAUUCACAAUAUGAUUCUGGAAAUAAUCGUAAUUUCAAUCAAAAUUCAAGAGGCGGAUCUGGAAAUUUUGGUAAUUUUAAUCAAAAUCAAAAUCGUGGUGGAUCAGGAAAUUAUGGUUCAUAUGAAAACAGAAGAAGAUAUUAAGCGUCUUAUAAUUAUAUAAAUAUUAAUAUAUAUAUUUAUAUAAAAAAAAAAAUCAGACAAACAUGUAUGUAAUAAUUUACAAAUCAAAGUA